UCGUUAAUGCCCUGUAACAAAACGUACACUGUGAGGAAAAGUGUAAGUCGUAAGCAGUGUUGAUGAAGCACCCCCAGAUCAACACCAAUCCUCAACCAAACCAAAGAUGUACACACCUGCAAAGAACGUCCUGAGGUCUGUCUGAAGGCAGUGCUCGAGAAAGCGCCUGAGGGGCUGACUGUGAGAUAUCGGCUGGUCCCAUUCAGUCAGGAAGUCCUCAACCAUGUGAUGUACAGCAUCAGGACGUGGCAGGGGCCAUCCAAACGGACGCUGCCUCAUAUCUUUUCCUGUGGAAAAGGAGAAAGGAGAAAGGAGAAUAUAAAAGAGUCACAGAGUGUGGGAAACACACAGAACAAGGGUUACCACAGACCAACAACAUUAAGGAAUUAAUUUAAUAGAAGAUUUACCAUGGCUGGAAAGAAUCAUACUAACACUAAAGAAGCAAACUGUGCUGGCAGUGAUCUGUCAGAACUGAUAAAAGAGGCAACCAAAGACAGCCACGUGCGUGCUGAAAACACCCAGCUAAUGCUCAGCUACCAGAAAGGACAAAUCACUCUAUCCCAGUAUAAGCUUCUUCUGUGUUCUUUGUAUGAGAUCUACCGGGCACUAGAGGAAGAACUGGACAGGAAUUCAUCCCACCCAACUGUGGAGCCCAUCUAUUUUCCUCAGGAGCUGGCAAGACUGGAGUCUCUUGAGAGAGAUCUUGAGUAUUUCUUUGGUCCACAGUGGAGAAAGAAAGUUACAGUACCUGCAGCAACACAUAAAUAUGCCGAGAGACUCCGAGAGAUCGGCAGGAACAGUCCGAAUCUCCUGGUUGCCCAUGCCUACACCCGUUACCUUGGAGACCUGUCGGGAGGUCAGGUUCUUGGAAAAAUCACCCAAAAGUCAGUGGGACUGAGUGGGAAAGAGGGCAUUUCUUUCUUCAGCUUCCCUGGAGUGACAAGUCCUAAUCGUUUCAAGCAGCUGUACAGGAGCAGAAUGAACAGCAUUGAACUGAACAAGGAGGAGCGCAGGAGUGUAUUGGACGAAGCGGUCAAGGCUUUCGAGUUUAACAUCGAGGUAUUUGAAGACCUUCAGAAAAUGCUGAGCAUAACAGAAGAGAACUCCGGUCAAAGUGGAACCGCUGGACCUACCACACCACUAGAAGCCCUUUCAAGAUCACCAAUCAUUCAGUUUACAUUUGGAGUGUGUGUUGCACUGGCGACGGUUGGAAUGGGAGUUUAUGUUGCUUCUUAAUAUUUAAGCAAAAUGUAUUCAAAACAUGCUACAGGCUAAUAUAAUUAAUAUGCAAAUUAACACAAUGUUAUUACAGAAAGAAAUUAAUAUUAUACACUUUAAACAAAUGACAAGCCCUUAAAUCUAGGACGAUCAGAUCAGAGGGCAAAAAACUGAAUCGAGGAGAGAUAUACACUGGAUAGAGAGAGAUCCACACUCAAGUCAGUACUUAAAACUGUAACUGUAAUUUAGUCAGUUAACUUAAUAAGAUAUUUAUAAGGUUAGAGAAGGCUGUUCCUACAGAGGUCGGUGGAACCACACAGCACUAAUCCUUCCUGCUGUUCAUGUAAUGGACAUGUAAUAUUCCAAUCCCAAAUACCAACCCAGAAACCCACAGCUUACUACAUAACCAAGGCUGGAUUGUAUGAGAUAUACAGUACAUUAUUAUUUCUCUAUUAAUUAUCUAGAACAUUGCACAUGUUAACGGUUAGUGACCACUUAGGGUCUAUUGUUCAUUUUGGUCGUUUUAUUUGCUUGUCUGCAAAAUGACCUUGUUUUUAAGAUAAGGUUUAAGGAUAUCUGAUUACUGUUAGCACAUGAAUGGAAAAGGCAAACUUGACUACAUAUAAGUACAAUAUAUAAAUCUGUAAAUAAAUAUGUAUACUGUAAAUUGUCUAAGCAACUAUAAUUGAAUGAAUUUUUUGUCCAUGGAAUUACAUUUCUACAAAUCACUAAUAAAACACUUUGUAAGUUUAAUAAA